AUGGAGGAAUUUAAUUCUUGUAUCCAGAAUUCCACCCUAUUACCAUUACCUAUGCAGGGAGAAUGGUAUACAUGGCCUAACAGGAGCACUGGUCCACGAAAUCUUUGGAAGCGCCUUGAUAAGAUGCUAACGAAUGAUACAUGGACAACGAGGUUCCCGAAGACUCUCUAUAUAUGCCUCACCCCCCGAAUGUUGGAUCACUCGCCUAUGGUGAUACACGGGGACAAUCAGCAACAGUUUAGAGAUAUGCUCCGAUUUGACAAUUAUCUCAUACGCUCACCAGAAUUUAUACCUGCUGUACAGAGUAUUUGGCAACAUGAGAUAGUAGGUGCCCCCAUGUUCUCGAUCACAACGAAACUUGAAGCAUUAAAGCAUGUCUUUCAAGAGCAAAGGAGUAAGAAAGGGAAUUUAUCGCAUAAUGUGCAGUUGGCAAAGGGAUUUCUCGACGCGGCCCAAAACUUGGUUAGUUCGGAUCGUGAGGAUAAACUAUUUCUUUUUCUGGAGCAUUGUUGUCGGGGCACGACGGCGCCAAGGGCUCCUGGAGCCAUGGCGCACGGCGCGACGCUCGCCUUUUCGAAAGAUAGCAAAAGUCAUAAAGGUUCAAAUAAAUCCUAA